AAUUUUUCCCUGCUUUCUCAUAUAUCUCUCUCAAAGUUUUAAUAUUUUCUGUAAAUCUUCGUCACCCUUUUUGCCCUAUCUUCUAGGGUUCUUCUCGUUUUAUGAAUAUAAGUCUUCUUCUUCUUAUUAUCUCUGCUCUGUUUCUCAUCUUCGAGUUUCUUCAAUCAUGUCUGGAAUCUUCAGAAAUAGUGGUGAUGACGAGUUUUUCAAUGGAGGAUCAUCCAUGCAUCUAUCGCCAGGGAGCUGCUGUCCCGGCGUAUACCUCCCAGCACGCAAGAGACUACGCGUCUCCGCUGCGGCUUCUGCACAGUCGUUUUACAGUGCCUUUGAGCACAAGCAACAAACUUCGAUCCAAGUGUUACCCGACGAGUGUCUCUUUGAGAUCCUCAGACGCUUGCCUUCUUCAGGGCCAGAGAGGAGCGCGUGCGCGUGCGUCUCCAAGCAUUGGCUCAACGUACUGAGCAGCAUCACCAGGAGCGAGUCUGUUCAAGAUCUCGAGGGCGAAGGGUUUCUCUCGAGGAGCUUGGAAGGGAAGAAAGCGACGGAUCUGAGGCUAGCCGCUAUCUCCGUCGGGACGUCGACACGUGGCGGGCUGGGGAAGCUUCAGAUCCGUGGGAGUGGGUUCGAGAGUAAGGUAACGGACGCUGGACUCGGAGCGGUUGCUCGCGGGUGUUCGUCUCUUAAGGUUCUCUCUCUGUGGAACCUCCCUGCCGUUAGCGAUGCUGGCGUGUCCGAGAUCGUGCGGUCGUGUCCGUUGAUCGAAAAGAUCGAUCUUUCGAGGUGUCCCGGGAUAACCGACAAGUGUUUGGUCGCGAUCGCGGAGAGCUGUAAGAAUCUAACCGAUCUGACGAUUGAUUCGUGCUCGGGCGUCGGGAACGAAGGGUUAAGAGCGGUUGCGAGAGGGUGUGUGAAUCUGAGAUCUGUAUCUAUCAAGAGCUGUCCGAGGAUCGGAGAUCAGGGAGUUUCUUUCCUCUUGGCUCAAGCUGGUUCUUACUUGACGAAAGUGAAGCUUCAGAUGGUGAAUGUUACCGGUCUGUCUUUGGCCGUUCUUGGACACUACGGAGCGGGAGUGACUGAUCUCGUGCUUCACGGUCUACAAGGCGUGAACGAGAAGGGGUUCUGGGUGAUGGGGAACGCGAAAGGGAUGAAGAAGCUGAGGUCUUUGUCGGUGACGUCGUGCAGAGGGAUGACUGAUGUUGCGGUUGAAGCUGUUGGGAAUGGUUGUCCUGAUCUGAAGCAUGUUACGUUGAACAAAUGCUUGCUUGUCUCCGGGAAAGGACUCGUCGCGUUGGCGAAAACUGCGUUGGGUUUGGAGAGUUUGAAGCUUGAGGAAUGCCACAGGAUCAACGGGUUUGGUCUCUUGGGGUUUCUCAUGAACUGCGGGUCGAAGAUGAAGUCUUUCUCUUUGGUGAACUGUUUGGGAAUCCAGGAAGCUGCUUCUCCUCUGCUUCCAUCAUCAACGACCAGCUGCAGCUCCUCCUUGCGUUCGCUCUCUAUCCGUUGCUGCCCUGGUUUCGGAGAUGCGACUCUCUCCUUCUUGGGGAAGAUCUGUCACCAGCUUCAAGAUAUUGAGCUCUGCGGAUUGAAUGGUGUGACUGACGCAGGCGUGUUCGAGUUGCUUCAGAGCAACGACGUCGGUCUAGUGAAGGUGAAUCUGAGCGGAUGCGUUAAUCUCUCGGACAACACGGUCUCUGCGAUAUCUAUCUGCCACGGACGCACGUUGGAGUCUCUCAACCUCGAUGGAUGCAAGAACGUCACCGACGGGAGCCUUGUGGCGGUGGCCAAGAACUGCUACUCGGUCAACGACCUAGACGUCUCGAACACUCUGGUCUCGGAUCAGGGGGUCAAGGCUUUGGCAUCUUCUCCCAACCACCUGAAUCUUCAGGUUCUUUCGGUUGGAGGCUGCUCGGCGAUCACAGACAAAAGCAAGGCGUGUAUGCAGAAACUAGGCCGCACGCUUUUGGGGUUGAACAUCCAAAGAUGCGGUAGAAUCAGCAGCAGCACUGUGGAUAGCCUUCUGGAACAUCUAUGGAGGUGCGAUAUACUUUAUUAAGUAAGUAUUAUUAGUCAAAAAAAAAAGUAUGUCUUCUAGCUUUUGGUCGCUGCUAAACCCAUAGAUUCCACCUAGAACUCAGUUUCUUUCCCAGGAAGCAGCAGCUGUUUUUUCUCAAAUUUUUAGCAGGUUCCUUGGAGCCUGUUUCUACAGCUGUUGUGUCCCUGGGAACAUGUGACUGAGUUCUGGUGAUCUAGUUAGGGUUUGGUCUUGACCUUUUUUGGAGUUGUUGUCUCUUUUAUGUUUAGUGUUCUUGUGGGGAGUUCUUGUUCUCUGGUUUAGGUUUGUGGUAGUGCCUUCAUCUUCCUCUUGUAGAGCUUUUGGCAACAACUCUUUGGAGUUGUUUUUUUUAUGUGUUGUCUUUUGCCAAAAGCUCUGUUUUUUUCCACUUUUUUUUUUGUUUUAAGGCACUAUCUGUACUGCUUGGAUCAUUGUAUAAGCUUCCCUGAACAUACUACUAUCCUUUUGUAAUAUAUAACAUGAUCCUUGGAUCAUUUUGUUUUGAAUACAAAAUUAAAUGUUUUUCCUU